AUGGCAAUCAAUCCUCCUUUAAUUGAUGGCUAUGAUGCCAAUCUUGUGAUAAUUGAAAAGCUCCCCAGUGGGGUAUUUGCUGACCCGUUUGAGCUACAACAUUUUGUUGAGCGGAAAGUUUUUCUUGAUGUUGCGGUUUUUGGAGACACAAAUCUUGAACUACCCUCAGCUCUGUCCAACCGGUCAGCUGUCGAGAUUCAUUUUGAUCUCCAGCCAAGAAAGUCAAUGGGCUGUAACCUUGUAGUAGAGCUUCCUCUCCAUGCUAGAUAUCCGCCUCUGGAUACCAGCGGUUACGCUACUGUUGAGUUCCGAAGCCCGGACCUACUCGUCCGUUACAGGAAAAAGGAAACCCAUCUCGGUUCCUGCAUAUGGGUGUUCAAGAAUCUCGACGCCGCACCUUUGGAGAAAGCCGUGUGGCGCGUACCCUGUGGAGACGAUGCGCACAUGGGAUUCGUGUCUAGCCUCACUUUCGUUUCGGCCCUGGUUUGCUCCAUGUCCAUAGUCCUAGCAGCCUCCCUGAUUUCCUGAUGUACUGAAACAAAAUGGAUUGAUGUACUUCAAACGUCAGCCACGGUCGCCUUUUUUUGUAGAACGGUUUUACACGUCAUUUCGCGCAUACUUUUACUGGUCUGUCAUGGAAAAAAGGAUGCACCCUUUUUCA